CUGCAUCAAGUCAUAUCACAUGCCAUGUAUUUGUAAGCGUUGGUGCAUUUAAUCAACUCAGUGAGGUCCUAUAAGCAUUUGCACUUAGCGGACCUCUUUAGAGCUGCACUGAAAAGACACUACAAGCUUAGUAACAAGCUUGUUCAACUUUAUUACACUCCAUAGCAACACCAGAGCACUCCUAGAGAUCACAGAUAUCACAGGGACUUCAAGGUUCUAGGGGAGGCGCACAAGGCCGUCGCCUUGACGUCCAUCUCUGUCGUUUGACUUGUACCGUCCUCUAACAACAUCGGAGGAGAAUCUUUAUCACUGAUUAUAGCCAUUGGUGCUAUGCGGAAACAAUCCGACUGACCAAUCUGAAAGUUAUUAUUUCAGAAAACAGUCUAACCCGACGCUUAGGACGUACUGUUUAAGCAGGUGCUUAAUGCUUUCCUAAGGGAACGAGGAAAGCUUCCAAGGACACGACUGUCUUUAGAGUAAAAGUUGAAGCAAGGAUACUGUUAGUCACCGAAAGUGCUUCUGAGGUUUCGGUAAUUUAUGCAGUGGACUCGGACUGUGGGACUGUACUUAACUUUUCACAACAGCUUGUAAUUAUAGACUGUUGUUUCUUUGCCAGAGGUUUCAUAAGUGUUUAUGUGAAGCUCCUGCUUUCUUGUACUACAUGGGGGUUUUUUUCCCCUCAGGAAACCGAUUGAUUAAGACCCAUGCCGCUCAGACGCGAGGCGUUGUUUAGGAUAACGAGCGACUGAUUGAUUUUUCCGGUCCGCCCCUUAACGAGUCCAGAACUUUUGGAUCGAGCCAAUCAAGUCUCAUUAUGGUCACACUGACAAUCUGAUGAUGGGAAAUUGUGAUUUUCCAGAUGUUGGAAGAUGACAAACUGUAUAACUUUGCUCACACCGAUGUACAAAGUCACUAAUGGUGCUGUAAUUGCGUAAUCUUUUAUAAUAGCCAUAUUUUGAUCUGAUUUCUAGAACAGUAGUGGAUCAGUUUCAGGGCUCUCUGGGAUUAGUUUACCUUUUUCUAAAUCAGUCAUAUUUCUAGGUCUGUUAUAGUCUUAGCAAUCUAUCUAUGUAACUUUGGGGGUUUUUUUUGUUAUUGUUAAGGAAUUCGGGUUAUUGACUAGCAAGAAACAAUCAACGAAAGUGAAUAUUUGAAAACUGUUGUACUUUUUAACCAAAAGGAAGGAGGGACAAAGAGUCAGCCUGGAGAACGGGAAAGAAUACGUGGGCGGGGGAACGGGGGAGAGAGAGAUCAUCUGGAAGAAGCGGGCUAGCGUGAUCGAAAGAGAGCGAGCGAGGGAGCGAGAACGAGAGGAGGAGGAGGAGGAGGAGAGGAAGAACGGGGCCCAGUAUACAGUGUGGAGGUUAAGGGAGGGAUUCCAGAGGAGGGAUAGAGAAGGGGAACAACUGAAGGGAGAGAGUUCAGAAGAAGCACGAGAACCUCAGCCAGAAGUGAUUUGGAAGAGACGAGAGGAAGAAGAGAGAGAGAGGAUACAGCUGGAAGACAGGGGACCCAGAAUCAUCUGGAGAAAAAAGGAGAGAGAAGGAGAAGUAAGAAGGAAUACAUGUGUCGGUGACUUGAAACCAAAAGGCGAAAGAGAAGGGAAGAGGUCAGCCGAGUGAACUGGAGCCACACUAGAAAUUGGUGCUUUCUGUCUUUUCUGUGUUCUCGAUCUAGAAAAUUCCUUUCUACUGCACUGUAUAGUUUACAGGAUUCUUCUAGCACGAGGACUGAUUUCUAUCAUUUUAGUUUUUUUUAGGAUUUUGUAUAUAGUGUUUAACCAGGUCAGUCUUUAAACCACUGAGACCUAGUGCACUUGGCUCUGUGGGAUUCUUUAAUCAGGAUCUACUCAAGCUUGAGGUAGAUUAUCCAGUGGUUCACUGGUCUCUCUCUCUCUCUCUCUCUCUCUCUCUCUCUCUCUUUCUCUCUAUCUCACAGUUUCUCUCUUUCUCUUUCAGUAUUGAUCUGUCUCUGUCUAUUGGAAGCCUCUUCUCUUAGAGUCUCAGUUGCAGCUAAUCGUUUUUUAUGGGACUCUUUCAGAUUAGAGCUCUUCUAGCUUACUAACUCAUCGCAACCAAAACACACCCCAGAUAUCUAAGAAUUUGUUUCGCUUUCUUUCAGUCAGGCGAAAGCGCAAGGCCAUUAAAAGACACGGACAAACUGACAUUAAGAAGACAAUCAUGCUGAGGUUCUUUACUGGAGCUUAUGGUGCUCUUCUGAUGCGAAUAUAAAAUGUGAAUUCAUAUUUAUCUCUAUGCAGGCUAAGAUCUGAUGCAAACCCUCUCACACAGACACACACACACACACACACACACUGUAUGAACACUCUGAUGUCAAAGUCUGCGUGAUUUGGAACAGAAAACACAAAUACUUUUUUCAUAGCCUAGCUCCCCCCUCCAUAUUUCUCACAUCCUUCUUUUUUUAAUGAACCGAGUAACACCAUCACUCAUUUCUUCGGUCCAAAGAUGAAGGGAUCAGUAGACGGAGAGGAACAAGGAACUGUGACAGAAAAGAGAGGACCCUUUUGCAUUUUAUUCGAAAGAGACACUUGGAGAGACCUAAAGUGAACCUAAGGCUUGUUCAAUUCAGAGCUGAACCGCUAGACGAGUGGAAAAUGGAACUCGUCCCCAAAACUAAAUACACCCCUUUCAGGAGUGACUCGUUCAGUUCUACAGACUCUAAUCCUUCCCUUCCUUCCUCAGCCCCCCUUACCCCUCUUACUCCCCCGAGCAUUGCUUCAUCUCUGUCUUCCUCAUCGCUGGCCCCUAUCCUGCCCCCGACGUCCCCUCGGCCAGCUGAGAACAGCCCCACUACGCUGUGCUCCUUCUUUCCCAGGAUGGGCUCCUUGCGGCUGGGCAUGUCUGCCACCUUUCUCCCAGGCCUGAAAACAUCUAACAGGCCCCAGGAGGCACCCAGCACAUCCUCCUCUUCCUCCGCUUCUCCUCCUCUUCCUCCUCCUCCUACUCUUCUUCCUCUAACGGCUCCCUCUCCUCCUCCUCGUCCCCCACAGGACAUGAACCGGCUGGGUGUCGCGUCUCGGAGAGCCCGUGUGGAAGGGGGGCAGCUCGGGGGCGACGAGUGGACGCGCCAUGGCUCCUUCGUCAACAAGCCUACGCGAGGAUGGCUGCACUCGGACAAUGUGGUCAGCACCACUGGCGUCAGCUACACCGUUAGGUACAUGGGUUGCGUGGAGGUGCUGCAGUCGAUGAGGGCGCUGGACUUCAACACCCGAACUCAGGUUACCAGGGAGGCAAUCUCAGUGGUGUGUGAGGCAGUACCAGGUGCCAAAGGAGCUCAGCGCAGGAGGAAGCCUACAUCUCGGUGUCUGACCUCUAUCCUCGGAAAGAGUAACCUCCGCUUUGCUGGAAUGACAAUCAACCUCACUGUGUCGACCAACAGCUUAAACCUACUGACGACCGACUGCAAACAGAUUAUUGCCAACCAUCACAUGCAGUCCAUCUCUUUUGCAUCGGGAGGAGAUCCAGAUACAGCGGAAUAUGUAGCCUACGUAGCCAAAGAUCCUGUCAACCAGAGAGCAUGUCACAUCCUGGAGUGUUCUGAGGGCUUGGCCCAGGAAGUGAUCAGCACCAUUGGACAGGCCUUUGAGCUGCGUUUCAAGCAGUAUCUGAAGAACCCCCCAAAACUUGUCACCCCACAUGACCGGAUGGCUCCUUUUGAUGGCUCAGCAUGGGAGGAGGAGGAAGAGGACUUUGCUCCUCCCCCAGAGGUUCCGUAUUAUAAUAACUUUCCCGGGAAACAGCCGCCCCCAGGAGGCCUGGUGGACAUGAGAACUCGUCCUGGGCACAGCACAGGAGCCACACUACCGUAUGGUCAGCCUGGAAUAAAUGACAUCCAUAAGCAACCUCUGCCUCCACUACCAGUCGGAGCAAAAGAAGGUGGCCUGUUUGAUGACCCGUCAUAUGUCAAUGUGGAUAAAUCCCGCCCCCAAGUGGCCGCAGCUAAUGGCAGCACUCACCGAGAUGCUUUCGACAUGAAGCCGUUUGAUGAUGCCCUGAGCGUGUCGGGCGCAAUGCCCCCUCUGGCUCAGCAGCUGCAGAGUGAGCCCUGGUUUCACGGUCCUCUGAGCCGCAAGAAGGCAGAGAAACUGCUGAGCAAAGACGGCGACUUUCUAGUGCGCGAGUCAGGAACCACGCCAGGCCAGUACGUGCUGACAGGCCAGCAGGGAGGCCAACCCAAACACCUGCUGCUGGUGGACCCGGAAGGAGUGGUCCGUACCAAAGACCAUCGCUUCGAAAGCGUCAGUCACCUGAUCAGUUAUCACAUGGACAACCGACUGCCGAUCGUAUCCGCCGGAAGCGAGGUGUGCCUGCAGCAGCCGGUGGAACGCAAAGCCUGAGCGUCACACACACUGUUCUUCUCCCGCCAUGGUGUCUCCUUCCUUCUCAAACUCUUUGCAAUUCAACUUUUCCCCAGAGAUUUUCUCGCUUUUUUUUUCUCCCCUGCAGAAAAAAUGAGCAACAUAAUAAAAAGUAACAAAAAGUGAGCUCUGUGCUUUGUCAAGCCAUAACGAAUCUUGGAGGUGAUGCGAUCACUGGACUUAUGGACCAAGAGAAAUUCACAGCCUUCAGAUUAAGCUGUAAGAAUAAAAGUGAGACUUCAAUGGGGGGAAAAAAUGAGCCAAAAAUAGAGAAUACAACAGACUGUUGUGCGGCUGGGUUCGGUGUAACGUGAUGUCACUUCCCCAACAAAGUUAAGCGUGAGAUGUCUGGGAAUCAAAGACUCGAAAGACUGUCAGUUUGGUUUCAGUAAAUUGUUCAUUCGUUCCAUCUCAAGGCGCUGCUUUGUUCGUGCAGAAUCAUUGCGUAAAGAUCCAACGCAUAGCCGCUGACGCCGAGGUCACGAAGUAGAUAAACAUUACAGUAGUGGGAACUCAUUCAACUACUUGAUUUAGUAGAUUCAUUCGAAUUAACAUGUUGUUCAGGAUAAACAGGAUCCAACAGGUAGAUCACUUUUAAGCUCCUACUUGGAAUUGGGCUUGAAAUCCACCCGAGUUUUUCCUAUCAAUCUCCCAUUUACCAUUUGGGAGUGUUUCAAGACCACAUAUCAUUCUAUAUGCAAAGAGGAAUAAAUUAUAUUCUGUAGAUUAUAGAUAUAAUGAAGUUACAAUGAUGUAAACAAAAAAAAGAGUAACACAUUUAGUUUCAUCGAAAACGCAACGUCGUUAAGGAACGUCAUGGACUCCAGGCUUAUCAGGACUCAAACACGGGGGGAAAUAGUCAAUCAUCCUGUUGUAGUGGUGAUGUCUGUAUCAUGAACAUUUUUUAUUAUUAUUUUUUUUUAAGCUAUAUAUUUCACUUUUUAUGUGUUCGCCUUGACAAUCUGUCUGUGUGCUUGAGUUGAAGUUUAAAAAUGAUGAGACUCAAAACGUGUGAGGAGACAAAAGAAACGAUAGGGACGCUACAAUCAAUUCAGAUAUUGCAUAUGAUGUUGCAUAUGAUGCACAUUUCUGGACUCGAGGAACAUUCAGUUGAUAUGAAAUCACUCCUAUUUUAUCACCUCUGCCCUAUAAUCAAGAAAAAGAAAAAAAACACACACACACACACCAUCUUUUCCUGUUCCUAUUUGAAUUGUGCCUUUUUACUCCAACACAGCCAAGCCACAUCAUUAGGAUGCAGUUGAAGUAAAGAUGAAAACUCAACAACUUUAUCGGUGCAACUUUAUCAUUUUUUUAUUUGUGUUUUUUUUUUGUUUUUGUUUUUUCUUUUGGACAAAAUUCCUACCCAAGUGUAGUUCGGUUUGCUGCAGGUUUUAGACGUUUGCAAUCUUAGUUGUUUUCUUGCACAUUCUUGUAAUCCUGCUGGUAGAUAGUGCUUAUGUUUUAGUGCUGUGCUGUGACUUCUAGAUAGGGUUUUAUUCCGUUCCUUUGCUUGCGGUAUAGUUUUCCACCGCUUCCUAAAAUGUACAUAGAUAUCACACAUUACAGCGUUCAGAAUACGUGUAAAAUCACCCCAUACCCGGACUGGAUGAGGCCAGAUAGCCCCGUCAUUGAUGUCGGCAUCGAUCGAAGAAGCAUUUAAAACGAUGAUAGUGAGUUUUAUUCUUUCAUAGAUUUACCAAACCUAAAUUCGCUGCAUGGUUUGAGUCGAUCACCAAAUGUACCACUCAAGAGCAAAGAUUUCUGUAAUUGGAAACAUGAUAACAUCAUAAUUAGCAGAUCCGUACCAGGCACGUUUGGGGUAUUAUUAGAUCGUCAGCACUGAUGCGUAAGGCAGGCAGACUUGUGUCUGUGGCUCAGUUUGCCGUCUGAAAUUAUUUCACGACUUUGCUUCAUGGGUGUAGUCAGAAAUGUGACUGGUACAGUGCCGUGUGUCGUCUGGCCGGGUGUGUGGGUGUGUUGGAAAGUUCUGGAACAAUCUGGCCUACUCCGACUCACCGACUCCUCCGAAGUGUUGCAUGGAAACCCUCUGCAAUCUUUGUGUUAUAGUGACAGUGUUCUCUCUCUCUCUCUCUCUCUCUCUCUCUCGUUCUCUCAUGCUCACCUUAUUAUACUGUAACUGUGGGGUUUUUUAUUUCUUAUUAUUUUCUAAGCCAAAGGUUUAUUUCACCUUUUUUUUUUUUUUUUAAUGUUGCCUUUUCUUUUUGAUUUAUUUUCAUAUGCCUUUACUGUUCUUAUUUUUGGGGAAAGUACAUGUUUACAUAUGUAUCUGGAACUAUAGAUUGCAUAUAUAAAUGCGUUAUCAGACAA